UGUUCGUGUUAAGUUGUUUAUAGUUCAUUUGUCGUCUUGCCUGCGAGCUAGUUUUGACGUUCAGGAACUAGCCGCAGCGCAACUGGUUCGCAGCUCCUCACAAAUUGUUGUUGUCUGCUCUGAUUUAGUCUGUGUUUGGUAUUCCAGUUGUUCAGGGCGGUGGUUCUCUGCACGGUGUAAACAAAUCGCAAAAAAACCGUUUAAAUUAUUGAAAUCCUAACUACGUAGGGCAUUUCAUAAACGUUACGUUAUAAUCUAUAUGCUAAAAACAAGAACAGCAACUUUCCAAAUACAUAUACACACAGUUCAAUGUGUUCCAACUAAAGGCAAAAUAUUAACGCGCAAAUAUGAUGGAAGUAACACAAAACGUGGAACUAAAGGAGCUGGCAACUGAAGAUGAAAUUAUAAGAAGCAUUGCAGAGGAACUCGACCAUGAAGUCGAUAAGCUCACCACCCCUGAUAUUAAAAAAACGGUGGAAAGCCGCAAAUCAGCCAGCGAUGAGGAAAUACACAAUGGCCUGGAAGCAGACGUCCUGGAACCAGAUAUUGAGGCAGCGCUGUCUAUCGAUAGUAUCGGCAAAAGCAUCGAUCAAAUUGCCAGCGAAGCGCUGCCCUGCGAGCGUAAUGCUGGCACAGAUUUGGAUGCUCUUUUGGAUAAAAUCAGUUCGAUCGUAGACUGCGAUCCCAAGGAGUCUGUCGACGAGGAAGCAGCAGAGGAGAGCGUAGCUGUGGAAGCUGACAGUGAGUCGCUCGCAGCCGAUAUCGAUAACAAUGAGAAAAGCAACAUUGUGAUCGAUGAAGCUGCCGCCAAACAGAUCGGCGCCGAAGGAGAGCAAAAGGAAGAGGAGAACGAUAACAGCGUGGAGAAACCUGUGGGCGCCGAUCUUGUCGAGGCCGAAGAGAAAAUACAAGAAGAGGAAGAGGAUUUGGAGAAAGGCGAAAAUAAACAAAAUAUCGCUGCAAAUGAGGAUGAAGCAGCAGCAGAAAAGGAUGUGCUAGCUGAGGAAAAUAUGGUAGUUGGUAAAGAAGAGGACUCGGAAAUCUCAAAAACAGAUAAGUCCAAAGCGGAUGAUGAAAAGACGAACCUCAAUAACUCCAGCGAUGAGGUCUUCAUGGAUGCAUUGGAAAAUAUUUCCAGCUCAGAUGAGUUCGAAGCAUUGGCAGAUCAGCAAAUUAAAAAGCCCGACGAACCAACUCCCCGAAAGGAGUGCAAAAAUGGUCUAGAAGACAUAACCUCCGACGAAAGCAAUGAUAAAGCGGAACUUGCCAAUGAUAAGGCAAAGGUCGAUAUAUCAAUUAUUGAUCUAGACUCGUCGGAUGAAUGUCUAGCAGCUGAGGCAACAACGGAGUUGCCUAAAGAUAGUUCCGAUAAUCCCGCGAAGGAGGCUGCAGAAAAAUCAGAGACAGCCGCGAAAGAUGCUGAGCCAAAGAAGCUUGGUAAACCUGAUGAUAAAGAAGAGGAUAAGGAAAUAAAAAUGACAGCUACCCAAGAGCUCAAAGAGAAUACCCUUGAUGAAAUGUUGACGGAAGCUGCCAACACGUCAGAGGCCAACUCGAAGGAGGCCCAGACAAAGAAGGCAGACACAGAAAUAGAAUGUGAAGUUCCUGUUCUGCCGAACAACAAAGUUGUAGAGACAAACGGUGUCUUCGAUAAAGACUUGGCAAAGGCGGACGAGGAGAGUGAAGAGCAGGCGCCGAGCAAAGCUUCAGAGAAGAUCGAAGCUGACACAAAGGAGGCCGAAUCGGAUGACGAAGUGAUCUUUUUCGAGCCUAUUGAGAAGUCGGCAAAGGAACCUGAGGCAGACGAAAGCAAAACGGAAGCUGUCAAGGAUAUGUCAACUGCCGAAAAGAAGGCGGAGGAGGUAGUCCUUGUGUCCGAGGACGAAGAUGAACAGCCGCCCGCAAAGAAACCGGAGGAGGCGCCAAGUAAAAAGUCUGAAACAACAGCUGCGACUGCAGCAACAGAUUCCCAAGCGAAUGGAGCCGUAAGCAGUGAUUUGUUAGCUGACAAUUCGGACAAUGCUUGCGAUCAGUUUGAGAAGCUCAAAACGCAAGAAAAGCUGAAAGUUAGCUCUGGGGAGGAUGUGGACAGCAACUCGAGCAAUUUGCUGCAGCCCUCGCAGAAGAGCAGAGAUGAGGUCGCAGCCGAAGCUGAGGCCGAACCCGUUGCGGAGACUGAAGACGGCGAUGUGGAAAUGGUGGGCGACGAGCCCGAGGAUGAGCCCGAUGCGGGCCUGCCGGCCGUUAAGCGCAUACGACUGAGCACCGAGGACAAGCCGGAGGCUAGCAGCAGCUCCAGCUGCACCACCGCCAACACAACCACCAACGAUGAGGAAGCUCUGCCCGCAGUUGCCAAACGCAGUCACAGCCUGCUAGCCAAUAGCAGUCCCGUGGAAAAGGAGGAGACGCCCAGCAAGAAGCUUAAGACCGACGACUCUGAUUCCAAUAGCUCCAACGAUGGCACGCUGCAAAUUGAUCUCGAUGCCCACGACAAUACCCAGGAGUCGGAAGCGGUAGCAGCUGCUGCAGAGUCAGCCAAAGUCAAGCCCGAGGAGAAGGCGGAGCCAACGGAGCUGGCGCUCGAUUUGAAGCCAAAGCCGCAGUUCAAGCCCGAUGUCAGGCCGUUGCGCAUGGAAUUUAUCAAGAAAUUCCGCAAGAACUUCGACAAGAUGACACGGCACGAUCUGGAGGAGCUGGUGCUGCAGAAGGUCGUCGAGAGCAUGCUGGUGAAGAGCGAAUUUGCGGAGAUCCGACGCCAGAUCGACAAUCACGAGAUCACGCUGGCCAACUAUCGCCGCAAGAUAGCCGAGGUGUCCAAGCAGUUUCUCGAUCUGGAGACGGUGCACAAGCGCGUGCUCAAGGAUUUGGAAACGAAGAAUGCACAGUUUACGGCGCCCGUGCGCAUUACGCGCGCCGUCGGUCUACAGGUGGGCAUGGCCCUCAUGAAGAAACCCAGCGAGGAGGCGCGCAGCCAGGCCAGCGCCCAUACUGCGGGCAGUAUGUCGGCGCCGGCAGCAGCAGGAAUGCCAACGCCGCCCAAGGCCAGCACCUCACCGAUGCGCACGCCCAUGCGUAACAAUGCGCCGCGACCAGGUCCCAGUCCGCCUCAUCACCAGCAGCAGCAGCAGCUGCUGCAGACCCAGCAGCAACAGCAGACGCCGCCGCCGCUGCAUGCAUCCCGACCCUUCGUGCAGACCAGCGGCACGCCGCCCGUGCGACGCGGCUGCAUGCAGAAAGUGACGCCACAGCGCCCCGUGAACAACACGCCCAGCGGUCAGCAGGCGAGCUCCCCCAACCAGGGCAUGCAACGCAUCCAAUCACUGCCCCAUGUCACAUCACGGCCCAUGUACGCCAGUAAGCACACGGGCGGCACGAACGCGGCAACCGCUGCGGCUGUCGCGGCAGCGAUGCGCGCACGCGGCACCACAGCUAAGCCAAUUGGCAAGGAUUACCCCGGCUCAUACAUGACACCAAAACAACAACAACAGCAACAACAACAGCUGCAACAGCAACAACAGCAGCAGCUGCAACAGCAACAACAGCCCCUGCCCGUGCGCAUCGGUCGCAGUCCCGGCAAGCAGCCCAUCAGCAUCAACAACAAGCCCCGAGCCAUGCCCAUUGGCGGCGGCACCGUUUCGGUGCCCAUGUCAAAUGCCACAGACAGCGGCGCUGUUGCCGCCGGGUUUGGUCAGCCCAGUUUGGCGCCCGCCCGACCCAAAGAGAAGGCCGUCAUCGAUCUGACCGAUGAGGAUGAUGCAGCAGCAGCUGCUGCUGCUGCCGCUGCCGCCGUGGAGGCCAGUGCACGUCACCGGCAAACGCCAAGUGCAGCCGCCAAACGCAGCCUCCAGACGCCGCCCAUGGGCCCCAAUUCACGUUCGGCGGGCGGUAGCGUAGUGCGUGUGUCGCCCAUGAAUAUACCGCGCGCCAAUGCCGUUGCCCGACAGAUUGUCAAUGGACCAGUUCAGCGAAGUUCGAUUGGCUCCAAUGUCACCAUGCAGAUACGCUCAGAAAAUACGCCGCCGAGUGGGGCGCGUAUGCGUUAUACGCAUCCCGCGCCGUUGCCGCUGGCGCCGCCGCAAACCUUUCAUCCGGACUGGAAGCUGCCGCCAUCUCGGCCCGUUAUACGCAUCAGUUUGCACGAUACGGGCAUUGUCAUCUCGUGGACGCUGGAGGAUACGGGGCCCCGUUUCGCGGAAUGCGUCACGUAUCAAAUCUAUGCCUACCAGGAGACCAGCAACGAUCCCAGCACGGACUCCUGGCGUCAUGUGGGCGACGUGAAGGCCAUGCUGUUGCCCAUGGCGGUUACACUGAAUCAAUUCCAGGAAAAUCAGCGCUACUUUUUCGCCGUUCGCGGCGUCGAUGCCCAUGAACGUUACGGGGUAUUCAGUUUGCCCAAAACGUGGUAAUAUGUCGAGUGCCCCGCCCCGUUGGGAGUGUGUUUUGUUUUUGUGUAAUUUUUUUGAUUUUAAACUCUUUGAAAUUAUUUUUAAAUUGUAUUUAUAACAUAUUUAUGUACGCAUUUUGUGCCCCAGCCCCUAUUUUAAGUAUUGAGUUUGAGCUUUUGGCAAGCAGCCGCCGAGCAGCACAGUUUGUGGCCCCAAAUUCUAAGCCAACUAAUAUAUAAAAUCACAUCUAUGUUCGUUCCUUAUACGAUGGGAAAACACUGAGAACUGGCAGCUGUUAAAUUGAUUCCUUUCCCCCCAUAUACUCUAAGUUAGUCUUAAGUUUUAACCUUAUGAAGUGUUUUAUUUAUGGAUUAAUCAGACAUCACUCAAACAUCUGCUUCGUAGAAAUUAAACGCAACAAUAUGAUUCGUUUUGUAAUUUAAGACUUAUGUUCUAAGCUUAAAGGAAUAGUAAACAAUGAAUAAAUAUCAAACUGAAAAAUCAAAA